GUUGCCGUCACCGCCCCCAUCCCAGGUCGCACCAGGUCGUCUACUCGGCACCAAACACGACGCCUCGACGCCGGAGUCGUCCCACCGCCCGCCGCGCACCUGAAACCCUCGGCCUGCAUGAGUGCUGCUGUUCACUGCACAUCCGCGGCACUGCACCGCUGCCCGUAUCUUUCGCAUCUCCGCCAGCCUGCGACAUAGCGCGCCCGUGACCGUUCGCGCUCCACCACCAUGAACAACCCCAACAUGCAACAGAACGGCAUGCAACAGAACCGAGCCACCGCGGGACUCCACCACUUUAUUCAGCACUAUCGCGUGCAGCAGCAACAAGGCAAGAUCCCAAAUGGCUGGCAGCAGGGUACGCAGCCGGAAGAGCGCGGUCAGCUGGCCCUCCAGUUCUUCACCCAGUACCGCCUGCUCAAGCCCGAAAUCGCCGAGGUCGAGUCUAUGCGCGCCGCCCUCCAGUUCGAGACGCAGACCUUCAUGUCUUCUUCGACAAAGGACCAAUACGUCUCCAACAUCAAGCAAAAACUCAUCGUCAUGACAACUGCGCGGCAGCAACAAUUACAACAACGCAUGCAAGGCGGCGUUCCCAACAACAUGAACAACCCGAUGAACGGCAUGAAUGCUGCCCAGAUGAACCAGAUGAACAUGAUGAACCAGAUGGGUCAGCAAGGCGCCAGGCCCGGAGGCCCCCAGUUCAACCCGGCCUUUCCGAAUGCCCACCUCCAGCGGCCCAUGCAGGUUUCUCCUGUGCCCAUGUCACAAGGGCAGUCUUCUAUGGGUGUUAAUGGGGCUAACCCCGCCAACAUGCCCCAACAGGGUCAAAAUAACCAGCAACCAAACAUGCAGCCCAACCAGAACACACAGAAUCGUCAGGACCAAAUGAUCAUCAACCAGUUCGCCAAAAAACUCAUGGAUACUUGUAAAGAGGAGGUUAGGCUCAAGUUCGAGGCCGAUAUUCGAGCAUGGCCUGAGGAUAAGAAACAGCAGCUGCUCGCUCAGGGUAUUAACCCUCUCUUCCUCCGCUUCCGACAACACGCCGACAUGCUCUACAGAAGAGGUGCUCUCAACCAGCAGGGAGCUGCCCAAAAUGCCGGCGCCAUGCAGGGAGCUGCCCAGCCGAACCGGAUGCAGGCCCAGCAGAUGGGCAUGAAUCCACGUCAGCCAAAUCAAGAGUUUGACUUCACUGAGAUAGCAAACCGGCAGAUGGAAGCUAUGCGCAGUCAGGAUCAGGGCAAUACAGUGGUGCCUGCAAGCAAUAACCAAAAUAACGGCGGUCAGAUGGGUGGUUUCCAGGGCCAGAACGCACAACAAAAUCAACCCCAAAAUGUCAUGGCACAGCGCCAGGCUGCUGAGGCAUUUCACCGCCAACAGCAGGCGCAGCAAGCGCAACAAGCACAAGCACAAGCACAAGCUCAGGCCCAGGCUCAAGUUCAGGCUCAGGCGCGGUUGGAGCAACAACGGCAGCAACAGGCGGCGCAAGCACGCAAUCAGCAGAACCAGAUGCUCCAAGGUCAAAUUGGCGGCCUGAACCUACCCCAGGGUUCUCAGGCCAGCCCUGCCAUGCCUAUGCUCAACCGACCGAUGGCUCCACCGGGACAGGCAGGACCUCCUGGUACGCCGCAACAGCAACGGCCUCCUCAAGCUCACGUUCCCAUCAUGACGCCUCAACCCGGCCAGACUGACCCCAAUCUGUCCGAGCUUAUGCGCCAAGCGCAACAAAGAGCUGCCGCCGUCCAGCAGGCCAACCAGCAACCGCUGACAGAUCAGGUUCGCAUGAACAUGAUGCCGGCCGACCUAGACCCCAACGUUAAGCAACAACUGCUCAAGGUGCCGGAGCCUCAAUUCCGUGUAAUACUACAGAGCUAUAUGAUGAAUCUUCGUCGCAAUGGCGGAAUUCAAAAUGGGGCCUUCCCCCCAGGUCAACCCAAUGCUGGGCAGCAAAACUUGCCUUUCAAUCAACAACAGCAACAGCAGCUGCCGCCCAAUAUGGGCGGUCCUAUGAUGAACCCCAAUAUGCAGCAAGGCAUAAAUCGUGGCUUGAACCUUACGCAGCCACAACCUGGGGCUGGGCCACAGCCUCCUAUGGGAGCACAGCGUGCGCCAAUUCAGUCUCAGCAGCAACGCUUACAGGCGGCCUCCAACUUGCUACGAGCCAAUCCUGGUAUCAUACAUGCCACCGACCCCAAACCAUUCCCUCCGAACGUUUUGAACAACUCAAUCCGGAACAGUCUUCCGCAGGAUGUCAGGACAUGGCAGCAACUGAAGCUGUGGGCUAGUCAAAACCCCGCUCUCGUUCCUGGUGUCGAUAGCCAGAAGCUGCUUAUGCUACAGGUUCUUCACUUCCAAGAUAUGGUACGGAACUCUAACAAUGUACCGGGUCCCAAUGGCACACCACAGCCUGGCAAUGGCCUUGGCCCACCGCCGCAAGUAAAUCCUAACCAAGGUCUUCUGAGGAAUCCUCAACAGCAACCGAACAUGCAAAACAUGCAGAAUAUGCUCCAGGUCACCCCUCAAGAAUUGGCACAAUUCCGGGCAAGAAUGGCAGGCCAGCCACAAGCCAACCUACCAGACGAGCAACUACGAGGUCUGAUGAUGUCCAUGAAGAUGAAGAAUCUGCAGCACCAGCGGCAGCAACAGGCGCAGGCAGCAAUUUCACAUCAACAAGCCCAACGUAGUCAGGCGCAACCGCCUGCGAACAUCCCAGUUCAGCAGCAGCAAAACAACCGUCCACCGAUUGUGCAACCUCCAGCACAAGCAACCCCUCAGCCUAAACCAGCAGCCAGACCUCCUCAAGCACAAUCGCAGCCCAUGCAACCACAACUAUCCAACAACAACAAUAAUAAUAACAACAAUGUGAACAAGGGCACAAAGCGACCCAACGAGGACACUGCCGAGUCAGGUGCAGAUGCCGCGCCACAGGCCACCGCCAUGGCUUCGACAAAGUCUCAACCCGGGCUCAAUCUUACCCACGAGCAAAUGUCGAAACUUACCCCAGCCCAGCACGCUCAGUACAAGGCUCAAUUAUUGAAGGCCCAGGAUGCCUCCAACAACAAGAUGCAGCAACAACGGGGUGGGGUAGUCAACCACGAAGAACUCCGACAAAGAAUGGCGGACCCGGCGAGAACCCGGCAAUUCAAGCAGCUGAUGGACGAAGUAGAAAAGACCAUUCCCGCCAGACCGCCGGUACAGCUGCCGCAGCAGAUGCGUAUACCUCUACAGCGAUCGCUUAAAGAACAACUCCACCGACUAAAGCAGGUGGAUCAGGCUCUACGCAUUUUCCACGCCUCGUACGAUUCCUCUGAGCCUGAGCAAGUUCUCCGCCAGAUCAUGACAUCUCGUGUGCUGUUAUACCAGCAGUUUGACCUGGCUGAUGGCACGCUUCGCCCUCAAGUUACUCUUACUAUUGAAGAGUUCAAGAACCAUAUGGGCGCAACACUCAAGUUCGUUAGCAAGAUUAUGGAAAAGGUCAAGCAGCAAACAGCUGGCCAGCAGCCGCAGCUCCAGGGUGAACAACAAAACCGCAGCCAGAAGCCGCCUUCUGCCCCUACCACCGACCGACCACCGUUCGCCAUCGGAGCUGACUCAGGCCACGGAGCAGCACACUACUUUGAGGGAGCAAGACCAGUCACGAACCUUGUGUUGCCUGAGAAGAAGCGCGCAAAGCUUGAAGGUAGUCAAUCAUCUACUCCCGGUGCUAGAGCGUCUCCUCGAAUCGGUUCAGGUACAGGUAACUCGCCUGAGCUGAGAAGACAACCACCUCCUGAGAAGCAAAUACCACAACGACCGACGUUCCGAUGCAACGAUGCGAGUUGUGAAUACUCUGUAAGGGGAUUUGAAACUCAAGGUGAACUAGAGGCACACAGUCAGAUACAUGCAAAGGUCGAGAAUCCGAUGCAGUUUGCCCUCGACUCCAUGGCCGAUUACCUGGAUAUUGACCAGAAGACUGGCGAAGCGAAGGUCGACCAAAACGCUGCCAAACGCGCCUCGAAGCCUGCGCCAGCUGCCCCACGAGCAACUCAACAGGCUGUCAAAUCGGAGCAGACCCCUGGCGCUUCGAACAAUGCUGCCACUCCGGUUGGACAACAGCCGACAACUACGGCGAUGGCGCGGGUGCCAACACAAACAGGCGUCAAGGACUCACCGUCGUCGAAUCUGCUCAAAACACCCCAGGCGAUGACCAAGGUGGCCACGCCUGGCUCGGGUGCCCGCGGCAAACCCACACCAGCCAGCAUUCCUAAAUCGGCACCAAAGGAGCAACAAGCAACAGCUCCAGGGCCCGUGGUUCAACAAGAAGAGCACAAGCCGCAGCAGCCAAUGCUGCCCAUGUCUCUUCUUGACUACUCCUAUGAAGACACCUUUGCCGCCCUCGAUGCGAACGGGCCUUUCACCGUCUUUGAUCUCAAGGACGAAGACAACACGUGGGCACUCCGCUCCCGACCUGCCUCACCAUCCGCCACACCUGAGUCAUCUAACAAAGACACGCCUUCCACGCGGCAGUCUGACAUUUCCGAGAACGACAACCUCGUCAUCAACAUCGAUCUCAAGGAUGCCGACAUGCCUGAUGCAUGGGCCAUCAACAUGUCUGGCGAUGUCCUGCCAAUGGAUCUGCAACUCUCUGAAGACCUGCAGAAUCUCGGCGUUAUUCUGCCUCCCAUGGACAGCGAAGACAUGAUGUUAUUCCCCGACUAUGGUCCAGGGACUAUGAUGGAUCUCGACAUGCUCGAGAAGACCAUGGACAGCAUGGGUGGAACACUUGAUCCAUCCAUGCUCUGAACCUCAUUCUUACAUCCUUUUGGGAAUCUUGUUCUUUCCUGACGCACAUACCUGCGUCCUUUUUUUUUUUAUCUUUUGCCUUCGGGCGCUGUUAUGUACAUGCCA